AGCAUGUGGUAGAAAUAUAGAAUAGUUACGUGCACUGUGUGGUGUGGAUGAUGUCGAUAUACAGGAAAUUACCAAACAUUCUUAUUACAGGAACUCCUGGCACAGGAAAAUCCACUCUCUGUUCUGAAAUCAGUGAGAUUUCAGGUUUUGAAUGGUUGAAUGUAGGAGAAAUAGCAAAAGCUGACCAUAUGUAUGAUGGGCACAAUGAUAUUACCCAGUGUCCUGUCAUAGAUGAAGAACAGAUGAUUAAUGAACUGGAAGAUAAAAUAGCAGAUGGUGGAAAAAUAAUUGACUAUCAUGGAUGUGACUUCUUUCCUCAACAUUGGUUUGACAUUGUUUUUAUUCUUAGGACCAACAGCACAACAUUAUAUAAUAGACUUGUAGCAAGAGGCUACCGAGGACAGAAGCUUGAAAAUAACAUCCAAUGUGAGUUCUUCCAGACUCUUAUUGAUGAGGCCAGAGGAUCUUAUAACAACAAGAUAGUGUAUGAAUUGCCAAGUAACACUCCUGAUGACAUGGAAGAUAAUGUGGAAAAAAUCUGCCAAUGGAUUAACCAAUGGAAAAUGCAGAAUGGUCAUGGAUAGCAUGAAUUUAUUAUUUUGUUUUCAUUUUGUAUGUAUAAUAUAUAAAUCUGUACUAUAAUACUUAAAUAAAAUAACUUUGGAUAAUAUCCAGGUUUUUAUAAAACAGAAUGAAGAGA